GGAUGGUGUGCCCCGUGUGGUACAGACUUGGGUUCGUUGGUAGGAAGCCUUUGUGCUAGCGGCAUCAGCAGGUAGCAUUCCCUGUAGAGCCGAGGCCUGGCAUUCAGAGAGAAGCCAUGACCGACGCCCCGGAGAGCACGACGGGCCGGAGGUCUCGCACGCUCAGGCACAGGUUCCUCUGGAAGCUCCGCCAGAAGUGGAAGCUCCUGGGCCUCUUUGAGAUCAACGGGGAGCACGAGUUUUAUGACCUGACCUGCAUGCUGAAGGUGGGGCUCAGGGCCGCCAUCCAAGAGGCCAUUGACAACCCGCCUGCGGAUGUCCUGAGCGACGCGGACUGCAAGGCCGUGCUGAAGCAGGCCCAUGAGGGCUUUGAGAUGCGUACGUACGGUGGCCCGGCCUUUGCUCACUUCAGGCACUCGAUGGGCAUAUCGGAGACGGAAUACCAGCUGUCCCUGUCCUCCCAGAGCUCCUACCUGCAGUUCAUCAGCAACUCCAAGAGCAAGGCUGACUUCUUCCUGACGAACAACAAAUGCUUCUUCCUGAAGACCCAGAGCAAGAGAGAGAUCCGGUUCCUCCUCUCCAACCUGCCCAAGUACAUCCAGCACCUUGAGAGAUACCCCCACUCCCUCCUCGUCAGGUUCCUGGGGGUUCACAGCAUCAUUGUGGCUCAGGAGAAGAAGAAAUACUUCAUCAUCAUGCAGAGCGUGUUCUACCCCGACGAAAGGAUCCUUGAACGGUACGACAUUAAAGGGUGUCAGGUGAAUCGCUGGACAGAGCCCGCCCCCGAGGGCAGCCAAGUCAUCGUGGUGCUGAAGGAUCUCAACUUUGAAGGAAAUUCCAUCCACCUGGGUCAGCAGCGUUCCUGGCUCCUACGCCAGGUGCAGCUAGACACGCAGUUCCUGAAGGAGCUGAACGUGCUGGACUACAGCCUGCUGGUGGCAUUUCAGCCCCUGCAUGCAGACGAAAAGGGCCAGAACCUGUCCUUCGCGGACAUCAUCUUCAGGACCACCAUGUCCUUGAGCAAUCCCGAGAACUCCCUGCUCACCUCAGUGUCAGGGAUCGUGGAUGAAGAGUCUGACAUUCUGGUGUCUGAGAUGGUAGCGGGAGUCGACCUCUACCGACUGCGUGAGCUAAACUCUGGGAUGGAGAACGUGAGCCUCCAAAGCAGCUCCAAGUCUGACUUUGAUCUGGCCCACAUCCUGGCCCAGAACCGACGCUUGCUGCCCCGAUGCAAGAGCCCUCUGCACUUGCUUGACGGCCCGGAGUUCCGCUACUUCAUGGGCAUCAUUGACCUGUUCACCGUGUACAGCUUCCGCAAGAGGCUCGAGCACCUGUGGAAAUGCAUCCGGUACCGGGAUCAGACCUUCUCCACCGUCAGCCCCUCGGAUUACGCCAGGCGCCUCUGCCAGUGGGUGGAAUCACACACUGUAUGAGGGGGGGCCCUGCACCGGGGCUGACACUGAUGGCAGCUUCCCAGACAGCCCCACUCCCACGCUGGGAGGGUGACAGGCCCACAGACAGUGCUGCAAGCUGCCUGCUGCUGAUCUAUUGCACCACCAGGGGGCAGGCUCAAGGCAGCGGCGCUGCUGUGUUACAGGGAUGCUGCGGAAGGAACAUUCCCAGCAUCCCGAGACCAGGUUUAUGGCAUCCGAACUCAAGAGCCGGAGGGGCCGUGGUCAUGCGGGCAGCAGCUGCCCUGCAGCGCGCUGUGGGGAUGGGGGUCAGUGUAGGUACCGCAAGUGUCCAAGGAACCCAGUAAAUGGGGAAUCUGUGAACCAGCUGCCAGUUUGCAUUGCUCCGGCGUGGGGUGUCUCUGGGUGCGCCGGUUUGCAUCUUGGGUGGUGAAAUAGCCCCACCAAAAUCCAUUCAUGGUCCCCGGAUCCUCUCUUGGGACGAGGAUGCGACAGGAGGUGUGGACGGAUGGAAAGGGACGGCCUGAUCUCCCCCGACUGCCGGUGCCAUUUCGCUCCCAUAUGAACCCUACCAAGGGCCGCUGGAGCAGAACCCCAUCUCCAUGGGCACCAAUCUGGUGUUCAGAAGGCACCUGCUGACCCAGAAGCAUGCUGGGAAGCUAAUGACAGACUCAGCAGCCAGUUCCAGUUUGUGCAGUGAAGUAGCAUGUAGGGUAGGCAGAACCUUCAUCCUCAUCCUAGCCCCAUCAGUCCUAUGCCUUGAGCACCCUG